AUGGCUGAUUCGUUCAAGGGUCGUCGGCCUGCCAGCACUCAAGGCACCCGCCGCCCUGAUCACGGUGGUGUUUCAACCCAGCGAGGUGGUCUUACUUCGCCUAGUGCAAUCUCCAGCUCGUCUGAUGAUGAGGAAGGUGGCGCCCCUCUUUAUGCUGGCUUGCCUAAUAUUGGCAAUCGUAACGCUUCGGGUAACGCUUCGGGUAACGCUAUCUAUGCUCCUCCCCACUUGCGUCAGUCUCAAGACUCUAGCUUAGGCCAGGAUUUGGGCGGUAAUGCUCUAAGAACAGCUACUCGCUUCCAGCUUGGAAGUACCCCGGAUGAUAGCAACGUCUUCGAGGCCGCCAAUGCUCGUGCUAUUAAUAGCGAUCCUAUCACCACCGAUAUGGGUGCCACCAUUGUUCGAUCUGAGCGUUCUGAUGAGGCUACUCCUUGCGAUGACAACAUGUUAUCACAAGCAAGCUCUUACUCUACAGGUCGAAACCGUCAGAUCACUAGCGGUGCUUUGUUCGAUAGCCCUAUCCAUCGACCAUAUCGUGGAACCUCGCCUCCUCUGAUAGCUGCACUUGCCCUUCGCACAACCCCAACUGAGUCUAGCAACCGUCAUCAAAUUGGCGGUAUCGAUGCUCAGGUGUACUACUCACCUGGAGCUUGCGUUUUUGUCGCUAACUUGCCUGAGGGCGUUGACGAUACCCGUCUCGAAGCCGAAGUCACACGACAGUUCAGCCAUUACGGCACAGUCUUCGUCAAGAUCCGUCGCGAUGCACGAAACAUGCCCUUUGCCUUUUGUCAAUUCACUGAUGAAGCUGAUGCCCAACAGGCAUUAUUUGAUGGUCGAGGCCGUAUUAUCUACGGUCGUGCUUGCCGCACUGAGCGUGUUCGUGCUAAUCGUACCUAUAUCAUGUACCGAACUGAUGGCGAUGAUCUCGAGGAGGAAGAUGCUAGACAGGGCCUGUACGAUGCUGGAUUUUUGCAUCUCGAAAAGUGUGUGCAAUUGCCUACUGAGAUUCAGAACAAGCAGGGCCUGAGCCGUGCUGUCCUCGUUAAGCUGGAGAAAUUCGACCCUACUAAGGAGUUGCAUCAGGCUUUCAAAAACCACCACGAAUUCCGCGUCAUUACAUACGAUGAGCAUAAGAACGCACAGGGACCAAAGCCUGACCCUGCUAUGGUUUGGCUAAACCGUUACGAGGUCGAUCGUCGCUCUAUCUUUAUUGGCAAUCUUCCUAAUUACGUUGAGGAUCUUAGCGAUCAACUUCGCCAACUCCUUGACGAGGUUGGCGAUGUCGUCAACCUGCAGCUUAUUACAAGAGAGUCGCGAACUGGUGGCGACCCACACAUCUUUGGCUUUGCUGAGUUUACUCGACCUGAUAUGGCCGCACUCGCUGUCGAUCGUCUGGGUGGUCGCACUCUAUGGGGCCGCAAUGUUCGGAUUGAGCGUAAGGCUUCUCGCGAUGUUCCCUCCCGCCAACACCAGCGCCUCACACCGUCAGCUCGAGCUCGCCUCGAGUACCAGAGCCCCAAUCAUCGCCAAUUCGAGCAUCAUGACAAUAGCCUGAACUCUCCAGAAACCCCUCUUCAUUACAACACCCGCGACACCCUCCCGGUCUACCAAUCUCCGGCUCGCCAGUCUCCCGCUUACCAGUCUAAUACUAAUACUCCAAUGCCCGCCACUCUGGGCUGGAGCAAUUCAUACGGUCAUCAAGACUGGUCCAGCCCGCCUCCAUAUUACACUACCUCGCCUUAUGCCAACCUGCCUGGCUCGGCUGAGUAUCAAGCUGCAACCCCUCAGAUGCCGACUCCCUUUGCAUCUCAGGCUAUGGCAACACCCUACGGCUUGUUUCCGGCUUCCAACUACCAGUGGAUGUCCCCAUACAUGACCGACCUCAACCUUGCGCCCUUGGCCUGGGCACAGGCUUAUGGUCAUUUCCCCACCAAUGCUGGUGGUAGUGGUGAGGAGGAGGGUCCUGAUACACCUACUCGCAACCGUGACCGUGGUGAUGAUGGUGCCCGCCAAGGUAAUGACGAGGCUUAG